CACAUGGUGCCAGGAACAGAGGACGCAAAUGUAUCGAGAAAAAGAAAGAUAAGUGAAACUGAACUUGAUGAUAAAAACGAAUCAUCAGAAAUCUUAAAUGUCGAACUUCUAACAGGGCCAACACUUACUGAUGGAAAAGAAAAAAAUGAAUAUGUGACUAAAGCUGAUUUGAAAGCCUUUGCAGCUGAUAUUAUUCAUUUCUUUAAUAAAAAUGAAUCUUCAAAAAAACCAAAACAUUCAGAGACUACAGAAGAAUCAGUUGAUUGUUUUGAAAAAGCGACAAAAUCUUCUAAUAAAAAAUCACAAAUAAAAAUUCUGACGGCAGGUGAAAAUAAAAUCGAAAUUCCUUAUGAUCAGUGGUAGGAUGCGAAAUCAAAAUUAACUUUCACAGCUAUGGGGUGGGCCCUUGUAAGAGCUUCAUUUGAAGAAAAAGUUUUAUUAGAAAGCAAUUACAAAGAAGGCUCAUCAAAAAACAAAAGUAACAAAGAAAAAUUUAAGAAGUUGAACGAGACCACCCUUCAUGUUAUAACAGAAAAUGUUAGACAACGAUUUGAAAAAUCUUUCAAUUAUGCACAGUUUGGAUCUUAUAUAAAUACAAGAUUAUCACAAUUCAGAAAACAAAGAGAUUCAAAGACUGAAGACAAUACUGAACCAAC